CGACGGUCCACGAUCAAGGCGUGAUUAGGAAUAUUAGGAUAUUACGAACGCAUGUACUCUGUGCUUAACUGUUCGUAAUUUAAUCGAGUUUGUAACUAUAUAAUAUUUGUAAUUAUGGCGACAAAACUUAUGAGCAGCUACAACGAACCGGCAAUAGGUGGUUUAAUAGUAGCUGAAAUGAUAAAAAAUACAAACCCCAUUGAAAUAAUGUGGGGUAAUGACACAUCUAUCACAUUCUCCAAUCGAACUUUACUCUGUGUAACGAACAAUGAUGUACUACGAUCACUUGCCCGGGAUGCACCCAGAUAUCAGCUUUACGGCAAAACCCCAAUUGAACGCACGCAAAUAGAUCAUUGGCUGACGUAUACACUCUCGGUAGAAAAGGAUCCAGCCGAUGAAUUAAAAUAUCUCAAUAAAUGUUUGGCUCCUUUAACUUAUUUAGUUGCGAACCAUUUGACGAUAGCUGAUUUGGCUGUAUUCAAUGAGAUAUUUAACAGUUACAAGGAGUUGGCUGCGAUUGGAAUUCCGAUUCAUGUUCAACGCUGGUAUAAUUUGAUCGCUGCUCAUCCAGCUGUGACCAGCGUUAUACAGAAUUUACCUGAAAAGGCAAAGUUUGUAAAAAGAAUGAUUCAAGGUUCUGGUAACGAGAAAUCAACUGAAAGAAAGCAAGAAGGAAAAUUUGUCGAUCUGCCGGGAGCAGAAAUGGGAAAGGUUGUAGUACGUUUUCCACCAGAAGCUUCCGGAUACCUUCACAUUGGGCACGCAAAGGCAGCAUUAUUAAACCAGUACUAUCAGCAAGCGUUUCAGGGCAAACUGAUUAUGCGAUUUGAUGACACAAACCCAGCAAAAGAGAACGUUCAUUUUGAAAAAGUAAUCUUGGAGGAUUUGGAAAUGCUUCAGAUCAAGCCCGAUUUAUUUACGCAUACGUCGCAAUAUUUUGAUUUAAUGUUACAGUAUUGCGAACGUUUAAUGAAGGAAGGCAAAGCGUAUGUUGAUGAUACUGAACCAGAACAGAUGAAAAAAGAACGCGAAGAGAGAGUUGUGUCUAAAAACCGUAAUAAUUCCGCCGAAAAAAAUCUUUUGAUGUGGAGGGAAAUGGUUAUGGGGACAGAAAUUGGUCAAAAAUGUUGUGUUCGAGCAAAAAUUGACAUGUCUUCUGCAAACGGUUGCAUGCGCGACCCAACCAUCUACCGAUGUAAAAAUGAGCCUCAUCCGCGAACCGGAACUAAAUACAAGGUGUACCCAACAUAUGAUUUUGCUUGCCCAAUUGUAGAUGCGAUUGAGAACGUAACACACACUCUUCGAACAAUGGAAUAUCAUGACCGUGAUGAUCAGUUCUAUUGGUUCAUUGAAGCACUGGGUUUGCGUCGUCCAUAUAUCUGGGAAUAUAGCCGGUUGAAUAUGACUAAUACGGUUUUAUCUAAACGAAAACUAACUUGGUUUGUUGAACAAGGGCUAGUAGAUGGGUGGGACGAUCCUAGAUUUCCAACUGUAAGAGGUAUACUUCGUCGCGGAAUGACGGUUGACGGAUUAAAGGAAUUUAUAAUUGCCCAAGGAUCGAGUAAAUCGGUGGUUUUUAUGGAAUGGGAUAAAAUAUGGGCGUUUAAUAAAAAAGUAAUUGAUCCAAUUGCUCCUCGUUAUACUGCACUCGAAUUCGAAAAUCGCGUAGUAGUGAAUGUGGCUGGUGCCAACCUAGAAGCUGUACAGGUUCCCGUUCACCCUAAAAACGACGAUAUUGGCAAGAAAACUGUGUGGCUUGGUUCAAGAGUUUUUAUCGAUUAUGCUGAUGCGAUUGAACUGAAGGAAGGAGAAAACGCCACUUUUAUUAAUUGGGGAAAUAUUACAAUCAAUAAAGUGCAUAAAGACGCGAAUGGGAAAAUAUCUUCAGUUGAUGCCAGUUUAAAUUUAGAAAAUAAGGAUUUUAAGAAAACACUCAAACUGACAUGGCUCUGUGACCUAGAUUCGUCAAUGUAUACACCCACGUUUUGCGUGUAUUUUGAGCAUAUCAUUAGUAAACCAGUACUUGGUAAAGAUGAAGAUUUCAAAUCGUACAUUGGACACGAAACAAGGGUUGAAGUUCAAAUGUUAGGUGAUCCAGAAUUGAAAACCCUAAAUAACGGUGACAUUAUCCAGCUGCAGCGUAGAGGUUUCUUUAAAGUGGAUCAAGCAUACAAGCCAGCCAGCGGUUUUACUUCAGCCGAAACACCAAUUAUACUACUCUCUAUCCCCGAUGGACACACCAAAGAGACGUCUAUAGUCCCUUCAAAAAAGGCAGUAGCAGAGAAACUGCAGGAAAAACGAGGACUUGAUAAACAGACUUCUUCUGUUUUCUCAACAAACGCAAGUGACAUCAACAACCGCAUUUUGCUACAAGGCGAGAAUGUGCGAAAAUUGAAAGCGGAUAAAGUCCCCAAACCACAAAUUGAAGCUGCAGUUAAACUACUGCUGGAACUCAAAGCCAAGUUUAAGGAGGCAACUGGCCAAGACUGGAAGUCUGAACCUAUUUCAACCAACAAAAACGAAGUUGAUGCUAUCGCUGCGAAAAUUACCCAGCAAGGUAACAUUGUUCGUGAUUUAAAAACUGGUAAAGCCAGCAAGUCCACUAUAGAUGAUGCGGUGAAAAUUCUGCUAGAUUUGAAAGCAACUUACAAGGUUGCUGCCGGUAAAGAUUGGAAGCCGGAUAUUUCACCCAACAGCAACGCGGAAACUGUCAAGUCUGCUGCAACAAUAGAUAAGUCGAUUGUGCAACAAGGAAAUCUAGUUCGAGACUUGAAAGCUAAAAAGGCAGGAAAAUUGGAAAUUGAGAAAAAUGUAAAAAUUUUGGUUGAUUUGAAAGCUGAUUUUAAAGUUGCCACAGGUCAUGAUUGGAUACCGAGCGGAACACAAACUAAAGUUGCGUCAACAAUACCACAACCAACAUCAACUAAAUUUAACGAAUCAGAUCUACUGAAUGAAAUUUCUAUCGUUGGAGAUAAGAUUCGUGCAUUAAAGGCACAAAAAGCCGACAAAUCAUCUAUUGAUGUAGAAGUGCAACAUCUCUUGCAGUUGAAAUCUAAUUACAAAGCAAUCACAGGACAAGAUUGGAAACCUGCAAGCACCACUACCAGUGCUAAAAGUGACAAAGAAAAUAUGGCACCAAUAAAAAUUGAGACUACAACGUCAGAUACAGAAGCUUUGGUAAACAAGGUUAAUGUUCAAGGAGAAGAAGUAAGAAAUUUGAAAUCAACAGGGGCACCUAAAGACCAGGUGGACAGUGCUGUUAAGAAACUGCUAGACUUGAAAGCAGAGUACAAAAAAAUUACUGGAUUAGAUUUUCCUGUCGCAGGGCGCAACAAAACCACUACGGUAAAAAAAGAUACACAAAAAGAUGUAAAAGCAAAGCCAGAGCCGCAAAAACAAAAAGAUGGUGAAUGCGGGCCGAAAAAACAAACACGUCUUGGUUUGGAGGCUACAAAGGAAGAUAAUCUUUCUGAUUGGUAUUCGCAAGUAAUAACCAAAGGCGAAAUGAUUGAGUAUUAUGACGUAUCUGGCUGUUACAUUCUGCGACACUGGUCAUUCGCCGUGUGGAAAGCUAUAAAAACUUGGUUCGAUGCCGAAAUCACCAAAAUGGGUGUUAAAGAAUGCUAUUUUCCAAUUUUUGUUUCUCGUGCUGCGUUGGAACGAGAAAAAACACAUAUCGCCGAUUUCGCUCCCGAGGUCGCUUGGGUAACUAAGAGCGGUGAUUCUGAGUUAGCUGAGCCAAUCGCAGUGCGUCCAACUUCGGAAACGGUUAUGUAUCCGGCGUAUGCUAAAUGGAUACAAUCGUACCGUGAUUUGCCUAUCCGUUUGAAUCAAUGGAAUAACGUAGUGAGAUGGGAAUUCAAACACCCGCAACCAUUUUUGCGUACUCGUGAAUUUCUAUGGCAGGAAGGUCAUACGGCAUUUGCAACUAAACCUGAAGCUGACGAAGAGGUUCUGCAGGUCUUAGAGCUUUAUGCAAAGGUGUAUACAGAUUUGCUGGCUAUACCAGUCGUUAGAGGGCGCAAAACAGAAAAAGAAAAAUUUGCUGGCGGAGACUACACGACCACAGUGGAAGCCUACAUAUCCGCUUCUGGUCGUGCAAUUCAAGGAGCUACUAGCCACUGUCUAGGUCAAAACUUUUCCAAAAUGUUCGACAUUGUUUACGAACAUCCGGACACAAAAGAAAAGGAGUAUGUGUAUCAAAAUUCAUGGGGUAUAACAACGCGUACAAUUGGCGUAAUGAUAAUGGUACAUGCUGAUAAUCAAGGAUUAGUACUGCCUCCUCGUGUAGCUUGCAUUCAGAUAAUUAUCGUUCCAUGCGGUAUUACGGCAAGUACAACAGAUGAUGAGAGAAAAGCUCUUUAUGAAAGCUGCAAAAAGCUGGAGUCAGCAUUAGCAAAUGCUGGAGUUCGUUGCGAAGGUGAUUACCGAGACAAUUACUCGCCAGGAUGGAAAUACAACCAUUGGGAAUUAAAAGGCGUUCCAAUUCGAGUAGAACUUGGAUUCAAAGAUUUAAAAAAUAAUCAAUUUGUAGCUGUUCGUCGUGACACCGGUGAAAAAAUAACCGUCUUACGUAAUAAUGCAAUUAAUGAUAUGAAAGGACUUUUGGAAAAAAUUCAUGCCAGUAUGUAUCAACGAGCGGAGAAAGAUCUACAGGAUCAUUUGAAAGUUACUAAGGUGUGGGAUGAAUUCCUUCUAUUUUUGGAGACGAAAAACAUUAUUAUGAGUCCAUUCUGUGGUGAAACUCCUUGUGAAGAUAAAAUAAAGGCAGAUAGCGUACGAGACGAUGCGGAAGCUGAAGCCGGUGCUCCAUCAAUGGGUGCAAAAUCGUUGUGCAUUCCAUUUGACCAACCAGCUAAAAUUGUCAGUGACGAAAAAUGUAUUCAUCCAGCUUGUGGACGCAACGCUAAAUUUUAUUGUCUUUUCGGCAGAAGUUACUAAAAAUAACUACAUGAAUGCGAUUUUUAAACACGGAGAGUUUAACUUAGAAGUUGUUUUAACAAACUUUUGUAACUUAUGCAAACAUGUUGAUUUUGUUUAUCCUAAUUUGAGUGUAAUUUCAAUUGGAAGAUUUAAACCACCAAACACGGACAAAUUAAUUUUUCUUUGAUGUAAGAGUUUGUCGAAAAUAAAGUGUUAAUCGAAAACAUCAGUAAGCAUG